GUACUGCAGAGCUCUAUGAUCUUUGCUGCAGAGGGAUCGGCAGCUCCCCGAAAGUGAAAGCAUUUUGAACCAGGAAGCGGCGGGAGUCGACAUGGCUUCCAAAGAUCAGGUCGAGAGUUGGACAGAGGAGGCAAUUUGUCCCAUCUGCCUGGAUUUCUUCACUCAUCCAGUCUCAUUGGAGUGUGGGCACUACUUCUGCCGCUCCUGUAUCACACAGAGUUGGGACAGGGAGAGGAAAUACUCUUGUCCGGAGUGUAGAGAGGAGAUCGUGGACCGCACCCUCCGGGUUAGCCGGGCCUUGGCGAGACUGUCUGAGAAAGCGAGAACAUUGAGCCUGAAUCGGAAAGAGAAGGAAAGUAAAUGUCACUGCGAGAAACAUCAGGAAGAAGUGAAGCUGUUUUGUGAAACUGACAAGAAACUGAUGUGUGUGAUUUGUGCAGCUGGACAGGAACAUGUAAAACACCGCUUCAUGCAGAUAGAAGAAGCUGUUGAAAUCUACAAGGUUCAGGUUAAAUCGUCAUUUGAAUCUCUUACAAAGAAGAUAUUGGAGAUCCAGCAAAUACAGCAGCUACAGAAACGGAAGAUUUCUGAAGUUCUGGAACAGUCACACAACCUUCAGUCAAAGAUCAAAUCCCAGUUUGCUGAACUGCAGCAGAUUCUGACUGAGAAAGAACAGUGCCUACUGGCAGAUAUCCAGGAAGAUGAGAAGAGAAUUGUAAAUAAAAUGGAGUGGAAUGUCCGAAGGAUUCAAGAGAAUUUAAAUUCACUUCAGGAGGAACUCGCAAAGUUACAGGAACAGAUGGAUCAAAAGGACCGUGUGAUAUUUCUGAAGGAGGAACUUGGUGGAAAGAAGAGGGUUAGUGAUGAAUUCAAAACAUUGUCGGUGACAGAUGGAGCCUUGCAGAUUGAAACAUUUGAUCACCACUUUUUGAUUAGCACGUUGUGGAGAGAAAUCUACGCCAUUAAGCGAGUCUCCGUCACCAUGGAUGUGGAAACAGCGCAUCCGCAGCUCGAGGUGUCUGAGGAUCGGAAAGAGCGUGAGAUCUAACUGGGCCGUUGGGAGUCUCCCUGACACCGGGAAGAGGUUUACGGUCAAGCCGUUUGUUCUGGGAUCGGAGGGGUUCACAUCGGGGAGACAUUACUGGGUGGUGGGGGUGACGGCGGGGAGUUGGCACUGGAGUCUGGGAGUCGCCGCAGAGUCUGUGGAGAGAAAGAGAGGUGUCACACUGACCCCGGAGACUGGAUUCUGGAUCAUCGGGCGGUCGUGUGGUGAUGGGUUUGAUGCAUUCACCUCCCCUCCACCCCCUCUCCGCGACCGUCCCGUCCCCUGGAGGGUGGGAGUUUAUCUCAGUUACGAGUCCGGGACAGUUUCAUUUUACAACGCGAACACCAAGUCCCAUCUCCACACGUUCAGUGGGAAUAAAUUCACGGAGAAACUUUAUCCUUUCUUCAGGAGUAAUGAUGGAAGCUGGGUGAGCAUCUGCUCCGGUUCUGCUCCGGAUAGGUAAAAUGGUCGGGUCCCAGGAGCGGCAUCAGGAGCGGGGCUCAGCCUGGGGCUGUGGGGCAGAAACCCGGUGGACAACACGUCGGCGCUGAACGAUCGGCUCCCAUUUAAUCCCCAAUUUCCACGUCGUGAAACAAGCCCCAGUGAGUGCGGGAAUAAAAUUAGGGGCAAUGUAAAUGUGGGAAGAGUAAAAUAAACAGCAACUUAAAUCAGA